AUGUCUCACAGAAAGUUUGAGCAUCCAAGACAUGGCUCAUUGGGUUUCCUUCCAAGGAAAAGGGCUAACAGGCAUCGUGGCAAAGUGAAGGCCUUCCCUAAGGAUGAUCCCGCUAAGCCUUGCAGAUUCACCUCCUUCUUGGGAUAUAAAGCUGGCAUGACUCACAUUGUGAGAGAAGUUGAGAAACCUGGAUCAAAGCUCCACAAGAAGGAAACAUGUGAAGGUGUGACUAUGAUUGAGACACCUCCGAUGGUAGUGGUUGGUGUGGUUGGGUACGUGAAGACAGCACGUGGUCUGCGUACUCUAGGCACAGUGUGGGCUCAGCAUUUAAGUGAAGAAGUAAGGAGGAGGUUCUACAAGAACUGGGCAAAGUCAAAGAAGAAGGCUUUCACCAAAUACUCAAAGAAACAUGAAACCGAAGAAGGUAAAACGGAAAUUCAAAAUCAACUGGAGAAGUUGAAGAAGUACUGCUCUGUCAUCAGAGUUCUUGCUCACACUCAGAUAAGGAAAAUGAAAGGGCUAAAGCAGAAGAAGGCUCAUCUGGCUGAGAUUCAGAUUAACGGUGGUGAUGUAGCCAAGAAGGUUGACUACGCUUACAGUUUCUUUGAGAAGCAAGUCCCUGUAGACGCUGUCUUCUCCAAAGACGAGAUGAUUGAUAUAAUCGGUGUUACCAAAGGAAAAGGUUAUGAAGGUGUGGUUACAAGAUGGGGAGUGACCCGUCUCCCAAGAAAGACCCAUCGUGGGCUCCGCAAGGUGGCUUGUAUCGGAGCUUGGCAUCCGGCUAGAGUCUCCUACACGGUGGCUAGAGCCGGUCAAAACGGAUACCACCACCGUACUGAGAUGAACAAGAAAGUUUACCGGGUUGGUAAAACCGGCCAAGAGACUCACUCAGCCAUGACAGAGUUUGACAGAACCGAGAAGGAGAUCACUCCGAUGGGAGGAUUCCCACACUAUGGUGUGGUGAAGGAAGAUUAUUUGAUGAUAAAGGGAUGUUGCGUGGGGCCGAAGAAACGUGUGGUGACGUUGAGACAGUCGUUGGUGAAGCAGACGUCGAGAGUUGCUACGGAGGAGAUCAAGCUUAAGUUCAUUGACACUUCUAGCAAAUUUUCACACGGUCAAUUCCAGACUUCUCAGGAGAAGGCCAAGUACUAUGGCAGAGUCACAAAAGCAUAA